CUCUUCCAGAGCAUCAGUCCUCUUGGUUUCGUUCGCGAAGCCAGUUCUACACUACUUAGUACACGCAACUACUCAUAGCAUCAUGUCCGGACGCGGCAAAGGCGGUGGCAAGGUCAAGGGAAAGUCAAAGACCCGCUCCAACAGGGCCGGACUCCAGUUCCCCGUCGGUCGUAUCCAUCGGCUGCUGAGGAAGGGUAACUACGCCGAGCGCGUGGGAGCCGGUGCUCCGGUCUACCUGGCCGCUGUCAUGGAGUACUUGGCCGCUGAGGUGCUCGAGUUGGCAGGCAACGCCGCUCGCGACAACAAGAAGACGAGAAUCAUCCCCCGUCACCUCCAGCUGGCCAUCCGCAACGACGAGGAGCUGAACAAACUGCUCUCCGGAGUCACGAUCGCCCAGGGUGGUGUGCUGCCUAACAUCCAGGCCGUACUUCUGCCCAAAAAGACCGAGAAGAGCUCUUAAACUCGACAUGACCCUAUCGAUCAUUGACUAAACACAAUCGGCCCUUUUCAGGGCCA